AUGAACGAGCCAACGUUGAUCGUUGAUAAUGGAGCCCAUACGAUAAAAGUACUAUGGGCCAAUGACCCUACCCAUCCCACCGCCUCGACUCCUCAGUCCGUCCUUGUCUCGCUUCGUUCACUCGAGAGCUCGGAGCUGAUUGCUUACCUCUGACGUUCCCCGUCGCACAGGGUCUACCGCAACGCCAUCAUCCGAUCCAAAACAGAGCGCAAGAAUUACAUCGCCGAUGAACUCGAUGACUGUCACGACUUUGGCGCGUUGACGAUGCGGUUGGCGUUCGAGAGGGUGAGCUUCGUACUGAGCGAGUUGGGUUCUGCCAUUAGCUGAUCGGACACGUGUCUUUCAGGGCAUCCUCAACAACUGGGACGUCGAGAAACAAGUCUGGGAUCGAAUAUUUUCCAACAAGGGUCGCGGACUGGCCGUGCGUCGUCGAUUGCUGGCCAGCAAACCCACUUCGCACAGACUUCUCACUCGCCCCCACCUCUUUCCCAGAUCGACCCCAGUGCAACCCGUUUCGUCAUCACCGAACCGAUGCACAACCUCCCCAACGUGAGAGAACACUACGACCAGAUACUCUUUGAAGAGCUCGAAGUAUCCGCCUGUCUUCGAAUACCCGGACCGCUCCUCGUCCCCUUCGGCCCAACAGCCACACGGCAAGAUGAAGCAGCCUCCACCGAAAAAGGGACACCCGAAUGUCUCAUCGUCGUCGAUGCCGGCUUCUCCUUCACCCAUGUUGUCCCCAUCUAUAAAGGCCGUUUGAUCGAGGAUGCGAUCCAACGCAUCGACGCAGGGGGCAAAUUGUUGACGAACCAUUUGAAGGAACUGGUCUCGUUUCGGCAAUGGUACAUGAUGGAUCAGACAAUGGUCAUGGAACGCGCAAAGGAAGAAUGUUGUUAUGUCACCAAUCAAUGGGAGACGGAUUGGACUUUGGCAAAGUGAGAUGCUUGCUCUUCUAGGUGAUGAGCAGUCGCUCUUUCGAGUCGUGAUGACUGACCCAUCCCUGGAUGCUUGCCACCCACAGUUCGAACCAAGCCCACCAGAUCGUUCGCACCUACGCAUUGCCGGACUUUUUGCCGGGUUCAAAGAACAAGCUAGGGUACCUUAGGGAUCCCAAUGCUGCACCGCCAUCACCUUCGGCUUUCCCCAUCGUCUCCGAAAUGCCUGGUUCGAAUGGGCAGGGCAACCCCGUUGCUGAGGAGCAGCUGCUGCAGUUGAACAAUGAACGCUUCACCGUCCCCGAAGUGUUGUUCAACCCUACGACAAUAGGUUAGCCAUCACAGACCUCCCCUCCCCUCCCCCAAUCACACUAACUCCAUUCAUCACCCACCUACAGACCUGAAUCAACAAGGACUCUCCGAAUGCAUAGCUUCUUGCAUCGCCUCCCUUCCCCUCCCUUUGCAAGGCCUCUAUUGGUCCAACAUCAUCCUCGUAGGAGGCAGCACAUCAUUCCCUGGAUUCCAAACCCGUUUGUUCAACGAACUUCGCUCUUUGGCACCUCAAGAGUUCUUCGUGAACGUAAGGCUGUCCAAAGAGCCGGUGUUGGAGAUUGUCAAAAGUGGGAAGGAGGGGGUUGAAAGCGGAGAGUUGGGGGCCUUGGUGAGUAGGAAGGAGUAUCUGGAAGUCGGGAGUGCGGGGUUGAAAAAGAGGUUUGGGAAGAGGUUCGAGGGGGGGAGAGGGGUGAUGCUGGAGGAGUUGGGCUUGUGA